AUGACUUCUCAUUCCGUCGACACGCUCGUUAUUGGUGCCGGUCCCACCGGUCUCGGUGCCGCAAAGCGUCUUCAUCAACUGAAUCAAAGUAUUUGGGCCCUCAUUGAAGCCUCCCCUAAAGCUGGUGGUUUGGCUAGCACCGAUACGACUACCGAAGGCUUCCUGUUCGACGUUGGCGGCCAUGUCAUCUUCUCUCACUAUGCCUAUUUUGAUGACUGCAUCCACGAGAGUCUUCCGGCCAAGGAGGACUGGUACGAGCACCAACGCGCAUCCUAUGUGCGCAUCAAGGGUAUUUGGGUGCCUUACCCCCUCCAGAAUAACAUCUCCGCGUUACCGAUCGAUGUCCAAGCUGAGUGCAUCAACGGCAUGAUUGAUGCGGUCGAAGAGCGUAUCCUCCGGGCCAAGGAGCCGCCCAAAACCUUUGACGAGUGGAUUUUGCGAAUGAUGGGACGAGGAUUGGCCGACGUGUUUAUGCGCCCCUACAACUUCAAGGUGUGGGCCGUGCCGACGACGCACAUGCAAUGCAAGUGGCUCGGUGAGCGUGUGGCUGCGCCGUCGCUCAAGUUGGUCGUCCAUAACAUGUUGUACAACAAAGUAACCGACAAAUGGGGUCCGAACGCCACGUUUAAAUUUCCAGCCCGUGGCGGUACUGGCGCCAUUUGGAAAGCUGUGGCUAACACGCUACCCAAGGACAGGAUCCACUACGGCACCAAGGCGGUCAAGAUUGACGUAGUUGCCCACAGGGUCUAUCUGGAAGAUGGGAGCACGAUCACCUACAACAAGUUGAUUAGCACCAUGGGUGUCGACGUUCUGAUCAGCCAGUUGGUCAACACCGAUGAAGUUGACAUUCAGCGGCUGGAGAAGGCAAAGGAGGGUCUAAUUUCCUCUUCAACUCACGUCAUUGGCAUUGGGAUCCGUGGUAAGCCGCCGUCCUGUGUCGGUGACAAGUGUUGGCUCUAUUUUCCCGAAGACGACGCCCCCUUUUAUCGGGCGACAAUCUUCUCCAACUACUCGCCUUACAAUUGCCCUCCGUGCAAUAAUAGGUUGCCCGCGUUACGGUAUGCCGACCCAGGCCACGGCAAGCCAGAUACGACACCCAGGGUUGGUCCUUACUGGUCGCUGAUGAUGGAGGUAUCCGAAUCACAUAUAAAACCCGUCAACUCUCAGACGAUUCUUGAAGAGACCAUCAAAGGAUGCGUGACCACCCUUCUAUGCCGACCAGACGAUGAGAUUGUCUCGUUGUAUCACCGCAAGUUUACACCAGGUUACCCGACACCUAGCCUGGGGCGUGAUUCAGCACUAGAUGUGAUUCUGCCCAUAUUGGAAUCCAAGUAUGACAUCCUGAGUCGCGGUCGCUUUGGCAGCUGGAAGUACGAGGUGGGGAACCAAGACCACUCGUUUAUGCUCGGUGUCGAGGCUGUGGACAAGGUGUGCUAUGGCUCGCCAGAAGUGACGCUCGAAUCUCCUGACUUUGUCAACGGUCGUCGUAAUCUUGAACGACGAUUGACUAAGUGA